AUGCCUGUGUAUCACGAUUAUUAUUCCUACGUACCAAACGCCGAUCUUUUCCUUGGCGCUCCUCCUGAGAACCAGAAUUUGAAUACACACUUGGGUUUGGAGAGCUCUUCUCAAAAACCCAACCUCACUUCCGAGUGCUCACAUGAUGUCGGUCCCAACCAGUCUCCGUCGAAGGAUGGUUGGGCCAGGAUGGAGCGGAAUAUUAAUCAGAUGAAGAACAGCUUGUUGAACCUUCUAUCUCACAGUAGACUUCAAGAAGAAAAAACCGAAGCUGUAGAAGGACUAUUGAAGAAAAUCCUCGAUCGAUUACCUGAAAAAGAAACAGAAACGACCUUAAAUUACACGUUUGUACCAUAUGAAGAAGUGGUGCGACUGCAUGAGGCUUAUCCCACGAAUCCUCGAGCAUUUGUGAGAGCUUUGGAAGUGCUCACAUACCAGGACCAGGUGUACGAACUGCAAACAGCUGUAAACAAGCGAUUGUUUACACUGGAUCGGGUUGAGUUCAUCAGAAAGUGUCUCUUCCGUCAUUACGCCGUCCCUCCUCAUCUCCAAGAGGAUGUCUGGAGAAGUGUCCGUGCGUCCUUGGACAAUCGAAGUCUUCGACUGAAGCAUCUGAUAAGAGCUCGACAACGCACGGGCUUCCGUACUUCGACCCCCAUUUCGGACCUGCUUGAGGGCCUUGAUCAACUCGAGAACGGUCCUGAUCGACAGAUUGUUAUUUGA